CUCUCUCUCUCUCUCUCUCUCUCUCUCUCUCUCUCUCUCUCUCACACACACACACACACACACACACAUAUCCUUGGUGAUAGAUGGUUAUCCCAUGUCCAUCCAGUCAAGGAAAAUUCCAUCAGCAUCAGCAUCAUAUAGCGACCCUAUCUUCAUCUAACCAACGAUGGGGAUCAUCACAAUCCACUCAAUGACAGCUCCCAGGCAGGAAAGAUGAAGAGCAGGCGUGCUCCAGUACUUAGUUUGCUUGAUGAUCCGACAGGAGGAGAGCCACAGUAGACAUGUUUUUUUUAUCCCUGUAGCACACAAUCAAGGUGGAAACAGAGCAACCUGAGCUAUUCUUGCGUGGGUGUCUGCUGUUGUCCGACGUGGCAUCAGACAGGACCUUCAACAAACUGGAGCAGGUUCCUUUUUGCAGAGUACUAUAUGUAGUCUAUCGUUUGAUCUGCCUUCCUCACGAUUUUGGCUUGUGGAGCAGAGCCAUCCCCAAUUGAGAAGAAGAAAGCCAGGCUGAGCCGAGCCUAGCAGAACUGAGCCGAGCCGAGUCGAGCCAAAAAGCAAGCCUGCGAAAUAUAUAUACACACAGCUUUUUGGCACACAAACACAUACAAAGUCUAAUUUUUUGUCUGGGAGAUGACUGCAGUCAGAGAGAGAGAGAGAGAGAGAGAGAGAGACGAGUUGCAUGACUUAAGGAAAUUGCAGAUCAGGGAGUUCCUGAAGAAAACUCUGCACGGGACAGCUGAAGGUCAAUUCUGGAUGAAGUUCAGGUCUGUGAAGGAGGUACAGCAACUGGCUGCAGUCACUCAUUUAGAGUUCUGUUAAUGCACGCCGCAUGAUCUCGCCAUUAUGAGGUCGACCUGGGUGAUUCUAUAUGAUGGUCAAACGCACAGCAUCUUCUCUCGCUUCACUGAUGUGGCUUAUUCUGGGAGCCUUCGGCAUGAUGGCAAGGUCUUAUUAGUGGCAGCUGGGGAAACUGGAAUCAUUAAGGUGCUUGAUGCAGGGAGCAGGUUUGUAUGGCGGCAGCUUAAGGGUCAUAGCAGCGCACUCCACUUCACGCGCUAUGUGGAAGGGAAAGUGCAUGUAUUUUCAGCAGGAGAUUACAACACAGCAAGGUGGUGGGAUGCACCGUCGGAGGAAUCUCUUCUUAGGCUUCGCGGACAUACCGAUUAUGUAAGACGGGUGCGACAGGUGGUGCAACCACGGAUGUAUGGCAACUGGCUUGUACGAUCACACCGUUCGGCUACAGGAUAUAAGAAGUGGCAAGUGUGCGAUGCAGCUGCAGCACGGGCGCCCUCUCGAGGAUGGUGCUUUCUUUCUAUCUGGUGGGCUUCUUGUCUCAGCAGGUGCAACCUACCUGAACAUCAGAAAGCUAUCGCAUCUGUUCAGGUGUCAUGGCCUCCUGCGGUUGUGACACAGUCAACUGUAAUAGGGGGCGAAGGACCCCAGCUUACAUUCCUCGAUGGACACAUCAAAGUUCACGAGUUGUAUUUAUUAAAGAGCACACAUUCCUCCAGGUAUCCGGCUCUUAUUCUGUGGAUGGCAGUGUCUCCAACUCUGCAGGCACUGGCAGUCCGUUUGUCAAGUGGGCUGUGAAUACGCAAAACGAAGGUGCAGGCAACUGAGGCAAAGACAGAGGAGCUAGACUUGGACGUGGCGUGGUGGGAAAGACGAAAGGGGAGAGCCAGAUAUAAGACGCGAUAUUAUCAAGUCUAAUCUGGAUGAGCAGUGGAUGGAAACAACAGACUAUUAAGUUGCACAGAGGAAGCCUGUUAGAUUAUCAGAAUUUGAUAAAUUGCUGAAGUGAUUCAAUCAUAACGAGGCCCUCAUGGCUCCUUGAGAAUGUGAACACCCCGAUGUGGUGACCACUGUAGUGGAGGAACUCAUUGCUAGGUAGACGCUGUUCACUGCUUUGGCAGGCGACGAUGCUCAGACUCUGAAGCCAUUCAUCGCCUUCCUUGGCGAACGCAUCAUGGAUUCUCGCUAUGCCAAGCUUCUUCUGCAAGGCACCCAUCGUGUUCUGGUUGUCUAUGUGGAGAUGCCCAUCGUGUUCUGGUUGUCUAUGCGGAGAUGCUGAUUCUUUCACAGGAUAUUGAUUCUCAGGUUGCAAUUCUCCGGAAAGCAGUUCUGGAAGAGGGCAAAAUGCAGCAGUCCUUGCAGAAGUUGCAGUCCUUACAGGGCAUGCGGCAGGACAAGGAACUUACGGAAUUGCUGCAGUCACUAAAUGAUCUUUCAAUGUUUUUGUUUUGGUUGUUUUAGGCAGGGCUUUUUUGUCGUUGGACAGGUGCCACAGCUGAGCAAUUUAGAGUGGAGGCUAUCUUGCUGGAAGCAGCCAUGGCUACUGGCCCUGGACAUAAAAGCAGAGCUGAGAGAAAAGCUCGCCUCCCUGCUGCAGUUAGAGCACACUCAGACUGGGAUGGACCUGGAUGUUUAUACUUGCAAUUAUAGGCCAGAUUCUGCGAUGUCCCAGUGUGAGUAUGGACUAACUUGCUGUUAGUUUUGGUAGGUACUAGUGGAUGAAGCUGUGUGUGAGAAGUGCAGGUAGCUUCGGUAGCUAUUAGUGGAUGAAGCUGUAUGAGAAGUGUGAGGAUGUCGCUCUUCCCUGCAUGCUUGGAACCUGCGACAUUGUGAUGGUUUUGCCUCCUUGGUGAGGGUUACCAUUACUCGAACUGGGUAGCGGAUUCCAGUUCGAUUUGUGAGUUUUGUCUUUGUGGAUCGGCUUGACUGAGUGAAGUGGUUCCAUUUCGUGUUCAUUGGAAAUCAGGCAUCUUUGUGGGUGUAAAAGAAAAGAAGGGAUAACCAAGGGUCUUUAAGGAGCCACAGUGGCGAAUUGCAGGGUGAGAAGUGGAAGACGACAGUGACAAAGGCUAGAAGUAGCAACACGAAGACAUGGACAUUGGAGGUGGAGUGAUGUGAAGAGGGGGGGGGGGGGGGGGAAGCUGAAGUCACAAGCUCGAGGUAAGACGGCCUGCAAUCUCUGACGAAAUCUUCUGUGUGCGAACUCACUCAUUGGCAGACUUUGACCGACUCGGUAUCGUCGACUUGAGUUGACUUCUUGACGUGGUGUGCUUCAGCUGGGCGUUGAAUGGGCACAUUUACAAUAACCACGCCUUCAGUUAGUAGGCAACGACUAUGGUUUGGCCUCUCUUCUUUUUCUGUUGCCUUUGAUCAAAAUAAGGCAUGCGAUGCGGAGUUGGUGGAAAAGUCAUAUGAGGAAAGUGAGAGAACGAUAGGAAAAUGCAACCAGAAGACUCCAUUUUUUCCCCCCCUUUUUCUCUUUCUAAGUUGCAAAUUCACCUUUCACUACCUGCCUAUCACUACUCCUAAGGCUAUACAGGAGACUCCUGCAAGCGUAGCUAUUGGCUACCUUUCAAUGAACGGGCUGCAUGUUGUCCCCUGCCCUAACAGCGGUGGUCAGGGAGUAGGGUGGGGGUGCUGGUGAGGGUCCACUAACACAACGACCUUCCCAGCGCAAGAGCAUGGUAGGCAGGAGACACAGGAUGUGUGAGAGGGGGGACAAGGAGGACAAAGAUUGUCACACGACAACGGUUUUGUUCAUGUUUGCUCUCAUCAGCAGAAGGCGGAUAGUGACGUGUCAAUCGGCAGCAGCAGCGGCAACAGCAGCAAGAGGAGGAAAAUGAUUCAGGAGGACGACAUGAACAUGUCUCAGGAGGGUAGGAGGAGAUGGAAGAGUCUGUGAGAGAAAGUUGAGGAGGGGGGCACAGAAUGGUGGGAUGGGGUGUUGUGCUGCCUCUCAGGUGUGCUUAUAUUCUCUCUACUAUUUGCUGACUUGCUGAUGCAGCAAGAUGGUGUGCUUUGCUGCGGAGACUGGAUGUGAUUGACCGGUCUUCCUGUGCGGGGAAAGGAGCAGCUCAGGGGCAUGUAUCAGAAUGUUGGCAGAUUUGGUAGGUGUGUGGGAAGGUUUGCAUGCAGGUUUGUAGGCAGGGAGGUAGCUAUGAUGUUUUGUCUCCUUGUCGAAAGAAUGGCAAGGAGAAGCGGGUAGAGAUUACUUCCGACAUCCGGAACAUUUAGAUCCAAAACAUAUUUGUGCAAAUGUACAGUGUUGUGAGGAUGUUAUCUAUAACAUCUUUUCUCCAUAUCUAUUCGAGUUUCUGUCUCUGCUUAUCACUGGUGAUGACUGUGUCUCUCCCUAUGUAGGAAAUAAGAUUGGAUUGCCAACCCUGCGCAGGAUUCAAUACCUCAGUUUCUCUACGUAGCUGUGUUACUGGGGCAAUGAAGUUAAUGCUGUGCG